AUGAAUAAAAAUUAUUCACUUGGUCAAAAGUGUGUAUUAAACAAAAAAGUGGAAAGCUAUUUACAUUUUGAUAAUUAUAUUAUAAAUAGGAAUUUAAAUAAAUACUUUUUUUUUUAUGUACCUUCUUCAGUUAUUUGUUGUUCACCAAAAAGGAGUGUAUAUAUAGGGAAAAAGGUUAAUGUUGUUUUAUUUAAUAAAAAUGUAGGAAAUGUUAAGAAUGAAGAAUAUUGGAGGUUAACAUACUUAUGGAAAAGAUAUUAUUGUUCCCGUAAUAUUGUCAAAAAGAGAAAAAAUAAUCCUCUUGAUAUGGAUAAGAAUAUGGAAGAGAUACAUGUUAAAGAAAAAAUAGGUGAUCCUAGAAAUAUAUAUCUCAUAAAAGGCGAUAUGAGGAAAUAUUUAAAAAAUUGUCUUAUUUGUAGAAACAAUGAUGAGGUUAAUGAGAACCUGAGGAGUCAACGUUGUGAUGAUUUAAAAAAUAACAUGAACGAAAGAAAUGAUGGUCAUAUUAUAAAUCAUAGUAAAAAUUCAUUAUUUAAUAAUUAUAUCAUUGAUUAUAAUACUCAUUUAAGUGUGAACAAUAUUUGUAGUAAUGUAAAUAAUGUAGAGACAUUAUUAUUAUGUGGUUGUGGGGUGGGAAAAAAAAAAAAAAGGUAUACUUUUAAUAAUGAUUUUAUUGAGAAUGAUGGGAUGUUAAAAAAAGAUAUGAUUAUAGAUGAUAUAAUUAGUAAAGAAAAAUAUAAAAAUAAAAUAAGAUUAUUUUGUAAAGUUAUAUUAUUAUAUUUAAAUAAUUAUCUUGAAUUAUCAAAACAUAAAUUAACCUUAUGGGUUACGUUAAGUAGUACCUUUGGUUAUUUUAUGUUAGGUGGUUCUUCAAUUAUCGAUAUAAGUUCUUUAUUAGUAGGUGUAUAUUUAUGUAGUAGUAGCGCAAAUGCAUUUAAUCAAAUUAUUGAAAGAAAUAUAGAUAAGUUAAUGAAAAGAACCCAAAAAAGACCCUUAGCAAAUAAUAAUCCAAAUAUGUCAGUUAAGCAUGCUGAAAUAUUUGCUAUUCUAACAGCAUUAAAUGGUAGUUUUAUUUUAUAUUUUUUUAAUAAUCCUUUAACUUCCUUUCUAGGUAUUUUUAAUAUUUUCCUAUAUACAUGUAUAUAUACACCCCUAAAACGUAAAACACCAUAUAAUACACAUAUAGGAUCAAUUGUAGGAUCUAUACCAACAUUAAUGGGAUGUACAGCUAUGGAACAAAAUUUGUUUGUUCCUGAACCUUGGAUUUUAUUUGUUACACAAUUUUUAUGGCAAUUCCCACAUUUCUAUUCACUUGCAUAUUUAUAUAAAGACGAUUAUAUAAAAGGAAAAUACAAAAUGUUUCCUCUUCAAGAUAAAAAUGGUUUGUAUACAGCCAAAUUAUGUAAACCAUAUUUAAUUACUUUAUCAUCCCUUCCUUUUAUUCUGUUUUUUUGUGGAUAUACAUCAUAUAUGUAUAUAUUAACAUCCAUAUUACCCAAUCUUUUUAUUUUUUACAAAUUCCAAAAAAUUAUUCAAAAACCAUCAAGAGCAAACAUACGUUCCUUUUUUAAGCACUCCCUAUGGCACAUAAUGUUAUUAUUAGCCUUAACAACAUAUCACACACAAGUACCAGACAAAAACAAAAAUAAUGACACCAUACCAGUAAAUAUAAAUUCAAAUGAAGAACAUAACAAAGGUAUUCAUGUACAUAAAGACAGCAACACGGAAUAUAGUAUAACAAAAUUUAAGAAGAAGCUCAUUAAAUAUUGUAUAGUAUUUUCUUAA